UAUUACCACUAGUGACACAAUAAAAAGUCUCUAUACUUUUACAACAUUGAAAAAAAUGGUUUCUCUAAAACUAUCAAUAAUAUUAGUUCUUUUAUUUUUCACCUAUGAAUCUCAUUCUUCUUCUUCUUCUAGUUCACUCAUUGAUGAUCACAAAGUUAAUUUAACAGUAUACUAUGAAAGUCUAAGCCAACCUAGUGCAAUUUUCAUUGUGAAGAAUCUUGAAGAAAUAUUCAACAAUGAUCUCAUUGACAUUGUUAAUCUCCAAUUAAUCCCUUGGGCUAAUUCUCAUGUCAAUCAACUCAACAAUUCCAUAUCAUGCCAGAAUGGACCAGAUGAAUGUGAGCUCAAUUCUUUAGAAUCAUGUGCCAUUAAUAUUUGGCCUAAUGUGAAUAAGCAUUAUGGUUUGAUACAUUGCUUUGAGUUUCUGGCAAUUGAGGGAAAGAACAAGAUGCGGCAAAAUUGUUUCCAUGAAUUGGGUUUGCCUUUGGGACCUAUUAUGAAAUGCUCUAAUGGAGGAAAUGGAACUGAGCUUGGACAAAAAUAUAUUAAGGAAACAACAAAACUAAAUCCACCUCUUUCAUUUGUGCCAUGGGUGGUAGUGAAUAAUCAACCUAUUGGAAAAGAUUAUGAAAAUUUUACAUACCAUGCUUGCAAGGCUUAUAAAGGUGCUACUAUUCCACAAGCUUGCAAUGUUCAUUGAAAGAAAGUGAAAAAUAAAUUCAACUAGUUAAUCAUAUGUUACAUCAAUGAUAUGUAGUAAAAUAAGAAAGAAAAAGUUCCUAUGUUUAUUACUUUGUUACUUGCAAGCAAUGGAAAUAAUUAAAUAGUGUGCAUUUUUUAUUAUUAAAUU